AUGGCUUUGAACGCGAAAGGACGGGAGCUACUUCGAGAGCUGCAACGGAGCGACUGGCUGCCGCCGUACAAUGAAGAUUUAGUGCGACAGGUGGUGGAGGAGUCGCGACUGCUGCACGACGAAAUAUCGAGGAAAAUAAUCGCGUAUCAAGACAAUCUGGAAACGCAACCGGCAUCCGUGCACUGCGGAUUGAUCGUCCACCACCAGUGUUUACUACGCAAUAAGCGCUGUUUGAUUGCGUACAUGUACCACCGCAUGGCGAAGAUCCAAGCGCUGCGGUGGGAAACAGGCACCAUCAUCCCAGGUCCACUGGCUUCAAAUUUGUGCCAGCGCGAAGUGCAGUUCUUCAACCAGUACGAUCAGCUGGUAACGAACUACAUGACCGACUUCGAGCUCGACCUCUCGGCGGAUCUUCAACCUCCCAAAGACUUGUACGUAGAGGUGCGCGUACUGCGCGACUGCGGCGAGGUCAUGACCGAGAGCGGAUUGGUGAAUCUGGACGCUCAUUCGCACCAUUUCUUACGACGCGUGGACGUGGAGCAGCUCAUCCGCCAGGGGGUCCUCGAGCAGAUAAAGCGCUGA